AUGACAUAUAACCUUUUAUCUAGACAUUACAUAUGGAAGGGGGUUUAUGAUAAAGUCGACAAAAAACACUUGGAUUGGGAAAACUACCGAUUCCCUUUAAUCAACAAGACCAUAAAACAAUUCGGAAGUGACAUUAUGUGUUUUCAAGAAAUGGAGUAUUAUAUCUACAAGACAUUUUGGUGUAAACAGUUCCCCACCAACAAAUAUCAAAGUUUUUAUAUUCAAAAGCACUGUCCACUGAAUAUCAACAUAUUCAGUAAUGACAAACUAGAUGGUGUAGGUAUAUUUGUCAAUACUGAGAGAUUUGAUGUUUUGGAUGAACUAAAAAUCAACUUUGGCAAAGAAAUUGUCAACCACCGAUCAAAAUAUAAGUUAACUACUGAUUGGAUCCAACGGGUCAUUGCAAGAAACACAGUGGCUUUGAUACUUAAGCUAUAUGAUAAGCAGACUGGGAGAAUAUAUUAUAUUUCCAAUACCCAUUUGUAUUGGUCACCAAAGUAUAAUGAUGUGAAGGUACUUCAAACAAAGAUCCUAUUAAAUAAAUUGCAACAUUUUAAAACAGAAAACAAUGCCUCAAUCAUCCUUCUAGGUGACUUGAAUUCAAAUUUCGAUUCAAAUGUUAUUAAUCUACUCAAUGGCGAAUCAAUUGAUACUAUAUCAUCCCCAGAGUUCAAAUAUCGCAGAUACGGAAUCAAUAAUCCGCUAAUUGACAAAAACGGGAUAAUUACAAACCCGUUCAAGUUACACAACGUCUACCAACAAUUGCCCAGUUCCAAUAACUUAUCAUUCACUAGUUUUGUCACCCGGUUUUCUGAUGUGUUGGAUCAUGUAUUUGUAAGUGAUGAUAUUUUGGUGGAAAAGUUGCUUGGUGAAGUUGAUCCUGCUUAUUGUAACCGAAGGGACGUUGACGGAUUUCCCAAUUCUCAAUUCCCAUCUGAUCAUAUUCCCUUGGUGGUGGAAAUAUCUCAUAAGUGA